CCUGACCAAGAUGGCCUCCCCACUAGAGCAAUUUGUCAACCAAGUUCGUGCUCUUUCUGGUUCUGGUAACCUGCGUGAGCUGUGUGACCUGAUCAACAAGAGUGGAGACAUCCUACAGAAGAAUGCUCCUAACCUGGACACAGCUCUGGGAGCGCUGGACAUACAGGAACACUCACUGGGGGUCCUCGCUAUCCUGUGUGUGAAGUUCACCAUCUCCCCGCUGCCUGACUUCGAGGCGCUGUUCUCCCAGGUGGAGCUGUUCAUCGCUGCCUGUAACGGAGAACAGAUCAGAUUCGCCACCGACAGCUUUGCGAACCUGUGUCACCAGUUCACCCAUGCCCUGGUGGAGAGAAAGAUGUCGGUGCGUGGCAUUAACCCCCUCUGUCAUGCCAUCCAGAAAGUGCAGCUGCACCCAGCUCAGCUCACAUCAGUACAUGGAGACCUCUGCCAGCUGUGUCUCCUGUCCAAGUGUAUGAAGCCAGCCCUGCCGUUCCUGGACACAGACAUCACUGAUAUCAGUAAAGAGUCUGGAGCUUUCGAUACCAAACAUUUCCUGAGUUACUACUACUACGGAGGAAUGAUCUACACGGCACUCAAGAACUAUGACAGGGCCCUGUACUUCUUUGAAGUGGCUGUGACCACACCAGCCAUGGCUGUCAGCCAUAUCAUGUUGGAGUCUUACAAGAAAUAUGUCUUAGUGUCCCUCAUCCUGCAUGGGAAGGUGCUGCAGCUGCCUAAGUACACGUCACAGGUGGUCACCAGGUUCAUCAAGCCCCUGAGCCAAGCCUACCAUGAUCUGGUGACAGCCUACAACACUAACAACCCCCAGGAGCUGAGAGCUGUGGUCGACAAGCACAGGGACCUCUUCCAAAGGGAGAACACAUACGGGCUGGUGAAGCAGUGCCUGGCCUCUAUUUACAAGAAAAAUAUCCAGAGACUGACCAAGACAUUUCUGACCCUGUCCCUUGCUGACAUGGCUAACAGAGUACAGCUGUCAGGUCCCAAGGAAGCUGAGAAAUAUGUCUUAGAGAUGAUUGAGGAUGGAGAAAUUUAUGCCACUAUUGACCAGAAGGAAGGGAUGGUGAAUUUCCGAGACAACCCUGAGAAGUAUGACAACCCUGCCAUGCUGCAGUACCUGGACGAAGAGAUGAGAAAGUGCAUGGGUCUGGAUGAGCAGUUGCGAAAGAUGGACCAGGAGAUUGCAGUGAACCCACAGUAUGUACAGAAGAGUAUGGGUAUCCAGGAUGAUGACCUGGGAGGUAGCAGCAUGGGAAGCAAGAUGAGCGGCUACAACUUAUGAUCCACUCAGCAGCCCCAUCUAGCAACACUGUCAAGAACUGCAGAAAAUGUUUUCACUACAAUAUAGGGUUGUUUGUAGAAUGUAUGUUGCCCUAUAAACUCAUAGGAAAUUCAAACUCUACUGCUGGAUAAUUUCCGGACAU